GUGAGUGCUGAUCCAGAACAGGCGUAAUCAGAGCCGGGCCUCGGGCUCACGUAGAGACGUGGCAUCUCCAGAGAGAUGAAAAAGCCGCCGUCUUGACAGAAGGUAGACCUGGAGUUUUCUUCAUUGCGAGAGUGACUUGGAGAGAGAACGGCAAUGAGUAGGAGUGGGAGGAAGGAGCGAAAGACGGCAGACAGCAGCGCGCCAAAGCUGGGAGAGAGAGAGGGAGCGACAGGAAGCGUGCAAGAGCAAUUUGGGCAGAAAAGCAGGGCGAGGGAGAGGAAGGCGGAGGUCUCACUGCAGGAGAGAGGGCAGCAGGGUGAAGAAGUGAGAGAGGCAGAGAAAACAAGAACAGGAACAGACUGGGAGAGGAAACUGGAGUCGGGGAGGGGGGGCGGAGGGGUUAAAGAAGCAGAAGAAAGUUUGAGUGAGGAACAGAUGACAAAAGCGUGAAUGGAGAGAGGGGCAGAACUUUAAGGAGUCGUCCUCUGUAGUGACUGAACUGAAUCCAACAUGUUCUCAGGCACCAAGGAGCUGGGGCAGCAGACAGAGUACUGGUCCCAUAAUGCACUGAGGCUCCACAAGGAGACGGCGUAUGCGGGGCUGGGCAGCCAGACGGAAGACGACUCACCCCGGCUGGAUGGCGGGAAUGAAAUGAGCCUCACACACCCGGAGGAAGUGCGGCGUGUUCUGGGAUGGAAAUGGACCAGAACCGACUAUGAGGCACUGGAUCGUCAGAGGCGGUUCCCUUUGUCCACGGAGAGGCAGUGUGCUCCGCCGGUCUGCAGUGGCCGGGGCUCGCUGAAGGAGCCCAACUUCAGAAGCUGGACCCAUUCUACAGAAGCUGGCCUGAGGUGCAGUACGUCAGUGAAGGAAAGCUGCAGACAAUGUGAGUGUGCAAGGCAACAAAACACGGCAGCACUGCACCCCUUCAGAAGGAAGUUUGUGCUGCCCCCAACAGCACUGUUUGUGGGUCAAGGACACUGCAGAGAGCCCACAUAUGUAGCUGAGAAACAGGUUUGGGGUGAUACAAGAGCAGAGUGUAAAAGGGACGUUUUUGAAGCUCAGCCUGCAUUUGAAGCAACUGACUUCUCACAUAGAUGUCGAGGUUCAGACUCGGCCUUUUCUCAUGGCCAAGAACAGGCAGAAAAUCCUCAUGGCUUGGGAGGUGUGACUGGACCAAAAACGCAGCAGGAGAAGGUCUCGAGUAAGGAACCCAAACUGGGCCGGGCUCUCAUCUGCUCGACCAAAGUCUGCCAGAGGCACCUGGGUCACACGGGUCUGCACAGCCUGUGUCUGUCAGAUAACGGCACCAAGUUUGUUCAGAGCAAAUCUGCCGGUGACACACAGAUCCAGGGGGGAGCACUUUGGACUAUGGGCCAGGCGUCAGUCCGCGACCGAAUCCGACAGGUGGUGUCAGACCUGGAGGGGGUUCUGGGAGGCUUGAAACAAGUUCAUCUUGAGAUGAAGGAGGUGGUGCAACAGAUUGAGCUUCUGACCUCCAACAUUGACCUUAAGGAAGAGGAGCCCAGCAGCACCAGCUCCAGCAACGUCACAGUGUCCAGUCAGAAGAAAGUCAUUAAUCUGGAACUGAAGACAAGCCCUGCCCCGGUCUCUCUUACAGACACUAUUCAUACAACCCCUCCCGCAAUCAAUCCAGCCGUCAUCAUAAAUCAAGCAGUACUGCCAUCGCCGUCCAAAGCUCCUCCCAAACAUAUGUCUGGUGUCUCUCUUGAAGAGGACCCUCAACUGGUGACCCCACACAGAGACAAAAAACAUGAGCACUGGGGAGAUGGACUGGGACCAGUGUUUCCUCUGCCCAUGUCACAGAGUCAGCAGGAGGGGGGCAGACUUGUGCUUCCUAGGACUGUGUCUGUGAAGCAGAGGCCUCCAGCCUACCCGCACAACGGAACGCCCGGAGGAAAGAGUGCAGAGACCCAUCCACCAGGAGUCCCCCCACAUCUGGUUAAACAUAGGCAGCUUUCUACCACUGUCUGAGUGGCCAGCAGUCAGAAGCCAGGCCACAGAGCCCCUGAGCAGACUGUCACAGAGGCCUUAUCUACCGGAGGAGCAGCCAGUGAGUCUUAGCUGACAGGCAGCAUAAUGUGAGUAUCGGUACACAGCCCUGCUCUGUGUGCCUCUAACACGGCCUAUUAGCCAGACCGUUCAGAGGCCUGCUUCUUAGCCUCUAACACGGCCUAUUAGCCAGACCGUUCAGAGGCCUGCUUCUUAGCCUCUAACACGGCCUAUUAGCCAGACCGUUCAGAGGCCUGCUUCUUAGCCUCUAACACGGCCUAGUCGCUUACCAUUAGCCGGACCGCACAGAGGCCUGCUUCUUAGCCUCUAACACGGCCUAUUCGCUUACCAUUAGCCAGAUUGCCUGCUAGUACGGAAAUGAGAACAGCGCCAUAGCGUUGCCUCACCUGCCUCCGCAUCACUGCUCUGAUUAAUGAAAGCCUUCAAUGGAGCCCCAGCAGUGACUCGCCCUCAAUGCCGACUACCUCCCUCACCUCCUGGGCACUCGCUAGCCACUCUGUUUAAGUGUCUGCACAUCAUAUGGCGCAAUUCCAUAUGGGCACUAAAUGGUACCACAGGUUACAUAUAUGCCGUAUCGAUUACAAUUAAAAUAUUAACAGUAAUAUUUCUUUUUCUUUUAUGAAAUGAAACAACACCUGUGACAAAACAGGUGCGUGGCUAAUUAAAUAAUAACUAAAUAAUAACUAAAUAGUAACUAAAUAGUAACUAAAUAACUGAAACUGUAGCUUCUUGUCUGUCCAGGAAGAAGAAAAUAAAAAGUGGAAGAAUACACCAGAGGAACAAAUUUGUCUUCCAGUAAAAGCAAAUCAGAAAUGAGUCAUUAAUAGAUAAAUCUGCAAAGGAAGAUGUGAGUGAAGUUAGCAAAUGUUCCGCAGACAUGCUGAAGAAAGGGGUCUGUGGCAGAUGAUUGUACUCUAAAGCUUAUGGAUUUUAUGCAAGUUGUUUUGGUCCAUGAACUGAAAAUGCUGUGAAAGCGGUUUCCUAAGAGGAGCUUGCAGGUUUUUAUACAUUAUAUAACACCAUUAUAUGGGAAAAAAAAAUAUUCCAAGUUAUGAAUUACACUUGAAAAUGAAGGAUAUUUAUGUCCCUGUGAGUAUGAUAUACCACCAAUAAACACCACCAAAGUACAUUGGGACUUUUUUUUUUUAUUAAAAAAGUUUCAUACUUAGAAGCUACUUGAAAAUUAAGAUUUAGAGGAAUCAAAUGCUCCAAAGAUUAUGCUGAAAGGAAGAAGCAAGCACUUUGGUGGGGGGAGACCCACAGAGCUCUCGAUUUCGACUACCUCUUCUCACUCAAGGUCCUCUUACUUUAAAUGUCAGCGCCGAGCACGACAGCCAGCUCUCUGUAUGCUUAGAAUGGUACCACGGCUUUCAUAUACAUCCCACAAUGAUCUUGGGUUGAAUGCAUGUUAGCAUAAUAUUUACGUUACGGACUUCGCCGCUCAGAAUGACGAAACAGGUGUGGACCUGACCGCGCCGAAACGCCUCAGGUGUGGGCCUGACCGGCCCGGAACGCCUCAGGUGUGGGCCUGACCGGCCCGGAACGCCUCAGGUGUGGGCCUGACCGGCCCAGAACGCCGGCUUUGUCUUUUUCUGCAUUGUUGGCUGUUUGUUUCCUAAAACUGUGCCCGGAAUAACCUGGGAAGCAACACGGCUUGCAAAUAAUAGCUGCUGAAUGGCAAGGCUGGUCGUCCAGAUGCUCCGUGGUGAAAUAUGGCUGGUGGAAAAGGUGGAGAGAAAGGAGGGUUUGAACGUGUCCCGAGGAGCCUGUGGCCUCAGCAUAAAGACCUGCUGUGCUGGAGGCAGCUGGCUGUGUCUGUGAACAUUUAUUUCUAAAUAAUCCCAGGAAGUGCAAUAAUAUUUUUCUUCCCACACAGAAGAUUCAGUGAUUAGCUGGACCUAAAAACAUAAGCUUAUAAAAACAUUUCAGGGAGUGUAACUAAAAGCAGUACAUUACUUUGGUUAGUUUUGCUUCAAACAGCCAUACAAAUAUGUAUUUUUAAUACUGUCAUAUCUUUGCUGAGGAAUUUUCAUUAGCAUUUUAAUUAAAAUUUUACAAGUAAAAGAAAAUGGAUAAGUCACAUACUGAAAAAAUGUUCAGCAUGAAAGACUGAUAUUAUUAAAGGAAUUUAUCGCA